UUUGCAAUAAAUUGAGUGAUGGCACAAUUGAAUGGUAGCAUCAUUCUACUCUGCAUUUUGGUUUGGUUGUUUAACCAGUUUAAACGGAGCAAAGCGAUCGAGCAUGCAAAGAAAUUCACAUCAGCCUGUUCCUCAUUCUCUCUCCAAUAGAAAUCCCCUACCCAGUACACACAAACGCACACACUUGAUGCACAGGAAGUGAGUAGGGCUUGUGAACGUGAACUUCUCUGCCGAACCCUUUUUUCUUCGACUUUAUCCGCAACUGGAGACAGCACAGCCCCAACUGUCACCACGGGGGGAACUUUCUGUUCUCUCCGAUCCGAUGCAGGCCGUAAAUUCAGACUCCUGGAUUCCGCUUGGCGAGAGAAGCCUGGAGGAGUUUGCCCAAAAUAUGGCAGCGGGCAUAAUUCAGUCGUUUCAAAACCAACUGGAAAAGCUAGAGCCUGGGCAGCCCGGCCCUGAUGAAGGCCGCGGGGUGUUGGCCGAGGCCUUGGCAUCUGCGGUAAUAGAGACGGCUCUGAGGGAAGUGAGCGGGGUUCACGCCUGGGGCUCAGACAGUUCAGUACUGGCUUUAAAGUCCCAUCGCCAAAAGGCGGAAAAACUGUAUUUCGUGGAUAAAUCUGGGGAAGACGAGGGAGGGGACUUGUUGGAUUCCGUUCAAGAAAUCCAGACGGGCGCGGAGGUUCAGGGCUACCAUCCACCUCUGUCCCAGUCGGGGCUGACCAUAGCUGGAUCCCUGGACUACCCGGACGCCCCGCCGACCACCCCCCUGCUCCCGGAGCUGGAGAGGAGCCGGCACAGCUUCGCCCGAAAGCUGAAGGGGGGGCUGGCGAAGGUUUUCCUGCCCUCUCCUCCGCCCCCGACACCGAAGGACCGAGAGGACCACUCGGACGGCACGACCGCCGACCCUCACCUGGAGCUGAUGGAGCUCUUGGUGCAUUCGCUGACCACAGACGACUUGGCCGGGGACGGUUCGGACGUGGCCUCUCAGCCCAGAGCCGGUAUGGAGGCUUUUGCAGAGGCUCUGUCCUGGGACAUCUUGGACUGGGCCUUGACUGUCAAAACCAGAGAUACGAUCGCAGAUCAGAGCGAUGUUCAUCGACUGGCGCAGCAACUUGCCGAGACCAUUAUCUCCUCCUCUCUCGAUAAAGCCAAAAUGCUCGACUAGCAUUUCAACAUACCGACCAAAAGUACUUUUAAAACUAGCUUCUUAUCCAUUCUGGCUAAAAGCUCCACAUGUUGCUGUGGCGAUAAUGGCUUCAGUCAAAGAUGGAUGUGUAAUUCUGGACUGUGUUACUGUCCACUGAAAACAUCAAUAAGGGAAUGUGUCCUUUAGAUGGCAGCACAGGAGAAAUAGUCCUGCUUUGAGCAGGGCGCCAGUAAAAUGGUCUUUUUUCAAAUGUACGCUCUCUGUAUAUAUAAAUGAUUUGCACUUAGUUUUUUGUUUGUGUGCGUCAUGUCUGAUUCACUGAUAAGUUUAGCAAGAAUAACUACAGCGAAGACAUACUGCAUCCAGUAGUCAGAUCCAACUGUAAGAUAGGAAGAAACUGCACUGCAGUUAUUUUGUUAAUGAUUAUUCAUCACAACGCAAACAGAAUUACAAACGAGUUACAUGUUUUUUUGGAAGCGAUUGCCCUCCUCGGGGCAACCACUUCCAAACAGGCUCUCUAUCUUCAUGAAUAAAGCAUUGUUCUUCUGUCCGCUUGACCAAGCUGAAUAUUGGCAUGUUGGAUGAACUCUUUGUUCUGUCUCAAAGAAAACUCAUCUGAAUACACACUUGCAUGUUUAUGUCCAAUCUGGACAGAGGAAGAACCACAAAUUUUAACCAAAGAGAAUUAUAUGACUGUAAAUAAAAAACAAAAAUCCCAGAAGGAAAGCGCUCUUUAAGGCCUUAGCUGAAAGCUUUAAAGAGCAGUUUCCAGUCGACUUUUUCGUUAUCUUUCAUGCUUUUGUCCUUUUGUCUGUCACUCGAUCCGGUGUGCA